UCACCCGGAAGUGAUGCUGGUUUGUAUAUUGGUGCAAAACAAAGAAAAGAUGCUGAGUGCCUUUGACAUUUCUUGCGAUUUUAAGUGCUAGAAAAAUAAAGCAAGAGUCAUAAUGUAUUUAGGUCGAGCAAAGAAAGCUAUCGAUCAGUUAGAUCAAAAGGAAUUUCAAGAAAAGGAAGCUAAACAUGCAGAACGCGAAUCGUCGAAAAGUGAGAGUAUUGAGAUGAGAGACGAAUUUGCUCCGGAGGAGUUACCGGAUGGUGCUUGUUUUCGGUUAAAAAGUGUGAAUGUUGGCACAGAAGAUGGGGCAACUGCAACACGGCAGGCAGAGUAUAUUGGGUCAUUUUCUGUGAGUGGUGAGGACCAGACAGCAAGAACAGAAUUUGUACAGAGACAGUUGGAAAGUAUGCAUGCUGUGGAGAAAAGCAAGAAAGUGUUACUGGUGAUGUCUCUGACUGGUGUAAAAGUAUGCAGCAGUAAUGGUGAAUCGGUGUAUAUGGCACAUGCGCUCAAGAGAAUUUCCUAUGCUGCCUGUGAUCCGGAGCAUCGUCAGUUUGCCUUUCUUGCACGAGAACCUAAAGGUCAUAUUAACAUACAGUUUUGCCAUGCCUUCAUCACCAAAACUCCUGAAGAGGCUGAGGAGCUGAACACUAUAAUUGGGAAUGCCUUCAAGAUGGCAUACGCUCAGCAAAAGACACGACAACCUACAUUUAAUGAACUGAUUGAAAAACAGCUUGUCGAACAAAAGGCGAAAUUUGCCGAAUAUCAGGAACAGGCUAAUCGUGCGUUACAACAGAGACUUAAUGAAAUAGCCACGCCCACUGCGUUACAGAGAAUGGAGCUGCGGAGACAGUCCAGCUCCGAUGAUUUGUUAGAAUCUAACUGCAGUACCCCACCUGCUUCAGAGAAAGAUGCAACAAAGAAUAAAAUAUGGUACUCACUGGGUAGAUAUCCAAGAAAGGCAAAACAUGCGAUUGAAAAGGUUACUCAUCGAUCCCAGGCAUUAGACGGUCCUGCGCGAAGUAAUUCACCAACAUUUUCAUCCUCCCGUCCAUCAAGUUCCAGUCAACAACAAGUUACUGGUAAAUCUGAUCCAAAUUUUUCAGCUACGAAAAGGAAUUCUACUCCAGUUCAGCUUUCUCCGUCAAAAUCUUCAAACUUUAAUUCAAAUGUGAAUUCGCCGAAGAGAAAUUCCUCACCCUAUUUGUCUACUCUACAUAAUUUCCAGGUAGUGACUAUACGUGAAUCUCUAGAAAAUAAUGUGAACAAUUCUAACCGAUUUAAAGGAUCCCCAGUGACGGCUCUGAAGGAUGAAAUAGAUAGAAGAUUUCUGAGUAAUGGCGGCGGCGGAACCCUAGAUUCGGGUCUCGGCUGGGGGAUUGGAGACGACAUGGAUAGUUUACAGAGAUUGAAACUGGACCACCAUUAUGAUAAUGAAGAUCAGUUGCAAGCUCCACCCACACCAUCUAAAAUGCAGAACCGUCCUUUACCGGCAAUACCGGCAUCCACAGAUUUCAAUGAUCACAGAGCCAGUCCAAAACUUCGUAACUGGACCAGUCUAGAUGAUGAUGUCAUACCAAACCACACACGCUCCACGAUGCAGUCACGUUUGCGAGACAGCCCUAAACGUAGACCUCAAAGGCCACAGAGCGAAGUCAUUCUUGAUUCAAAAUUGUCUGUUUUCUCAGGGGGAAGCAUUGAUCAGCCCGGUGUUUAUAUCUACGGCUUUAAGUCACAAACUCAGAAUGAGUUAUCGAAAAAUUGCAAUGUGCAUAAUUCUAAUCAAUUAUCAAGUGUAAAUAUUUCACCACAAUUCAGCAAUAGAUCUAUGCAAAAUCAACACAGCAGGGACGCUAAUACACAGCAGAGAUACUCACCCAAGGUGAACAACUCUAAUCAUCAGUAUUCUCCCAAGGGGAAUAACUUUACUCAGACUGGUUAUGAUAAUAUGAACAGUUUACCAAAUGGAAAAGCGUCACCACCGAUACAUUACCAGAAUGGAAGUCCUUCCCACAAUGCUGUAGAUAGUGUGAAUGAGACUUCCUCAAGUACAAAAAAGGAAAAAGGUAGUGGGUUGGAGUCACUGAUGGGGUUAGAUAGAAGCCAUAUUGAGGAUGAGACGCUGAGACAUUCGUGUUGGUACCAAGCUGGAAUACCAAGGGAUGUGGCAUUAGAAAUAUUACAACAAGAAGACAUUGGGUCUUUCAUAGUUAGAGACAGUUCUACUCAUCCAGGAUGCUACGCCCUGUCUGUCCGUGUGCCAAAGUUCGAAAAUCCAACCGGAAUCUCACAUUAUCUGAUACUUAAAACAGCACGCGGAGUGAAAUUAAAGGGCCUAGAUAAGGAAUGGUCAAGUCUACUUUCUCUAGUCACACAUCAUACGGUAAUGCCAGAAAUGUUGCCAUGCACGCUACGUCUGCCACGUGAUACAAACAAUCCAGCAUUCAAGGCGACUGAUAAAGACGAAAAAGAAGAAGAUCCAGAUUAUCAGAGACUAGCAGAUUUUUCUUCAAUGAUGGAGGCUUUAAAACAGUGAAAUAGAUCAUGGUCACUAAAGGCCUGCAUCUGAAAGCUUUAAAAGAGUGAAAUUAUGAUCUAAGUCAAUGAAAGCUUGAAAAACAAGUGAAAAAAAGCUGUGAAAUAUUGAUCUAGGUUACUGAAGGCUUGAGCAGUUAAAUUGUAAUUUAAGUCAAUGAAGACUAAAAAUGGUGAUGUUUCCAGUAGUAGUGAAUUCAGGGCGGGUGAUCACGUGAC